AAUGACUCGGUUCCUGCGACCCCUCCAGCCGGUUCGUCACCGGUUUUUCUCUUCGACCGUUCUCUUCCCUUCGCCGGACCUCCAAACCCUACAGGAACAAUACGCUCGACUCCUCCAUCGAUGCGUCUUGACCUCCGACCUCCGCCUCGGCGCCACCCUCCAUUCCUGCCUACUCCGGCGAUGCCUUAUUCUCCCUCUACACCCGUCCUCCCUUUUCCUCCAAAACCACCUCCUCAAUAUGUACUUCAAGUGCUUCCCCGACCCCUCUCUCGCCCUCCGCCUGUUCGAUCGCAUGCCCAGCCGAAACACCGUCACCUGGUCUGCCGCCAUCGCCGGCCUCAUCCAAUCCGGUCGCCCCCAGCGCGCGCUCUCCGUCUUCUCCGCCAUGAAUCGCGCGGGCGAUGCCCGGCCGAACGAGUUCACCCUCGCGAGUGCGCUCAACGCGAGCUCGCUCGCAGGUUACGGCGCCGCUCUAGCUCAACAAAUAUACUCUCUGGUUCUUCGUCUCGGCUUCGGGUCUAACGAGUUCCUCAUGAACGCGUUCCUCAUGUCCUUCAUUAGGAGUGGGAAGAUGGAGGAAGCGGCGGAGGUUUUCGGUAACAUCGGGGGCAGAAAUGUUGUCGAUUGGAACUCGAUGCUCGCUGGUUACUUGCAGUCAUCAUGCUCGGAGAUCUGGAGAUUCUGGUGCCGGAUGAUUCAAGCAGGAGUAAUGCCGGAUGAGUUCUCUUUCAGCAGCGUUCUCUCGGGGCUGGCAAAAGCUUCGAGCUUGAGGUGCGGCGUGCAGGUCCAUGGCCAAGUCAUAAGGCACGGCCAUGGGGACGAUCUCUGCGUGGGGAAUUCACUGGUGGAAAUGUACUCCAAGAACAAAUCUUUGGCUUCCAGCAUUAAAGCCUUUGAGGAGAUGCCUCGCCGUGAUGUGGUCUCAUGGACGCAGAUGGCUGCCGGUUGCUUAGAUUGCGGCAACCCGACGAAGUCACUGAGGAUCAUGGAGAAGAUGAAGUUGGCCGGUGUGAUGCCGAACAAGUUCACCAUGGCAACAUGGUUCAAUGCUUGUUCUGGCUUGGCUUCACUGGAAGAAGGGAAGAAAGCCCAUGGCUUCAGGAUUAAGAUGGGCAGCAAUGUAGACCUGUGUGUCGAUAAUUCACUCAUCGACAUGUAUGUGAAAUGUGGUUCUAUGAGCAGUGCAAAGCAGGUUUUUGAAUCGAUGAAGGAUAGAUCAGUUAUCUCAUGGACUUCAAUGAUCAUGGGAUUCGCACAACAUGGUCUUGCUCGAGAAGCCGUGAAGGCAUUCGAUCAAAUGGUCUCUGAGAAUGUGAAGCCAAAUUACAUCACAAUGAUCUGUGUGCUGUAUGCCUGUGCUCAGGGUGGACUCGUGGAUGAAGGGAGAAGCUAUUUCGAUUCAAUGAUGCGCGAGCACGGCAUUCUCCCUACAGAGGAUCACUAUGCAUGCAUGGUGGAUCUCCUUGGAAAGGCAGGGCAUGUUGCAGAGGCAGAGGAGUUGAUACAAAGCAUGCCUUUCGAACCCGGUUUGCUUGUUUGGCAGACAUUGCUGGGUGCUUGUCAACUUCACGGCAAUGUAGAGAUCGGCAAGAGGGCAGCCGAGAAAGCAUUAGUUUUGGAGAAGAAGGAUCCAUCAACUUAUGUUUUACUUUCUAAUAUAUAUGCUGAUGCGAGAAGUUGGGAUACAGCAGAAAGGAUUCGAGAAUUAAUGGAGAAAAGGGAAGUAAGGAAAAUGCUCGGUUCUAGUUGGAUAAGAUCAUGAAGGUUUGCAGAAAAAUUCUUAUA